AGAGGCGGCUGACGGUCGAGCGACGGCCUUGGGGCUGCCAGUGGCUGAGCUGGAAGUGUGGCGUAGUAGGUGAGAGUACAGAAAGUGGAGACGGAGAAAUACGGACGGCGAAGACGGCGGUACGGACAGAGGAGACGAGAAAUGGAGACUGGACAGCUCCAAGAGAAGUUUAUCCAGAUGAAAGAAGAGAUGGCACUUCUGAAGGAGGAAAUGACACAUCGUAAUCAAGAGGACAUGGUCCGUUUGAAUGGGGAACUGACCACUCUGAAGAAAAACUGCGACUCACUGAGUGAACAGGUGGUCGGACUGGAGGGAGAAGUGGCCACACUGAAGAAGGACAACGCCACACUGAAGGGAGAAGUGGCCACACUGAAGAAGGGGGUGACUACACUGAAGGGGGGCAACGCCACACUGAAGGGAGAAGUGACCACACUGAAGGGAGACAAGGCCACACUGAAGGGAGACAACGCUACACUGAAGAGAGACAACACCACACUGAAGGGAGACAACGCCACACUGAAGGGAGACAACGCCACACUGCGUCAGGAGGUGGUCCAUCUACGUGAAGAGGUGGUCCGCCUGCGGCAGGCUGUCCUCGAGGAGCGCACCACUCGCCAGGUCGUCGUGGAGGAGCUGCGGCAGGAGGUCCGCCGGCGAGCGGCGCCAUCCGACCGUUCGCAGGGUGACGACGAAGAGCCUCGCGAACUGACUUCACUGAAGGACAACAAUUGUGACAAGUGUGACGUCACAACCCAAACUGCGGGGGAAGCGCUGCCGGUAGGCGGUAGCUUGAGGCCGCCCGCGCCUCGCGAGGCCAACAUCUACCACCUGGACACCGAGCUGCUGAAGAUGGUGAUGAGCAAGAUGGACUGCAGGGACAUGUUCCGCGCCAGGCGGGUCUGCCGUCGGUGGCGGUCCGCUGUCGACGAUAUCGUCGGCGACUGUCGGCGGGAGCUAACCGAUCAGAAAACCCGCGGUGGAGAGGUGUCUACGCCGGCCACGGGCCUAGAGCUAGUAGUGAAGGUGCAGGACCAGCCGAAGAUGACCGAAUUGCGGGCGCCGACCGCUGAGACGGACACCGACCUCCGACUGGUCGCAGCCACCUGCCACGCCCUGGAGAAGGCCAACCUUCGCGGCUUCAAGCUGCGGGUCUCUGCCCUGCGCCGGCUGGCGCGUGCCAACGGCUCCAGUCUGCGUGAGCUGACGCUGCCGGCCGGUAUCAACGACUGGCAGCUGGAGGCGCUGCUGGAGCCGCUGAAGGCUCUGGAGCGGCUCGAUGUGAGCCCACCUGUGGAAAGCUCCGGCAAGUGGCUGCGGCUGCUGCCCAAGUCGCUGAAGACACUGGACAUCACUGGGUUGGGGAUGACUCGGACACCGCUGACUUUCAAUAGAUGUCCGUCGGAGGGACUUGUGGUCGGUGUACUGUCAGCAACGAACAUACUCCUGGACCAGCUGGCUGCUCUGGCGGCCCACACAGUCACCCAGCUGCUCAUUCGUGGCUCACGAUCCAUGACACCGGAAGCGACGGGACGCCUCCUGGCUGCCCUCACCAGCUUGAGAGACGUCGCUGUCCUCAUUCCCGGCGUCAUUUCCGAAACUGUGCUGUCCGCCCUCCACGUCUGCUCCCAGCUGGAUACGUUGUUGCUCUUUGACACCCGGCCCCUCACGGACAUCCCUGCCCUGACCCAGUCAGAGGUGGCAGCCGUCAGCAGGAUGGCAGUGACCUGCAGGAAACUGUAUAGACUGUUCAUUGGAUCCUCCACUGAAAACUGCCAGGCCGUCCUGACCGCCCUGCACGAUACAGACCUGGGAUGUGACAGUGGCCAGUCCCGUACCAUCAAUCUCUGUGUCCCCAAGUCUGCAUACGACCAGCUUACCAAGCCUCCCAAAGGCAGCAAAAUCUGCUUGCAGUACUAUAACUAGACGACUAGCUUCCCGGUGCCUCGUCCGCUCUGGUGCCGGCGGCAGUGUCGGAACUCGACAACAGAUGGCAGCACCGUGUCCCGUCGGCAGCGCUGUACGGAGCACAUUGCACACCUGGACCUUCAUAUCCAGAGUUGUUCGGAGCCGCCCUGUCCCAUGGGGCCAGGUCCGAGGGUGCUUUACCGCCGUGCCAGGCUGGUUUGGGUUGAGUGACCACCUAAAUGCUUGAUCAUUUGAGCACAGAUUGCUACGUUUGUUGACACUGCUUUGAUAGACACUAGUUAUAUUCCGAGAUGUAUCACGCUCGGGGCCACUGUCCAGCCGUCGGUAAACCGUUGUCACCGUGCCGGAGGUACCGCCGUGGUGACGUCACGUGUGUUGUCGUGACGUCACGCUGGCUCACACCGCUGUGCUGUUGUGUUGUUGUUUCAGUUUAGACCAGAGAGUGGUUGCAGCUAGCUGUGAGGGUGUCCGGUCCAGGCGAUAUCGGACCUCGCCCGUCACUGUGUCGGACCGUCGGUGGUCCGGUCGGCUGUGGUUCGUUUGGACCAGAUAUGUCCAAUUGUGGUUCGUUUAGACCAGAUGUCUGGCUGUGGUUCGUUUGGACCAGAUAUGUCCAAUUGUGGUUCGUUUAGACCAGAUGUCUGGCUGUGGUUCGUUUGGACCAGAUAUGUCCGGUUCGGUGUCGCUCAUGGGAUAGCACGGGCUGAUGGCGAUUGAAAUACAUGAUUGGUGGCUUAGUAAUCUUAUUCAAGAA